GGUCACCGCUUGAAGCUGUUAUGGAUUCAAACGCUGAUUGACCGCACGUUAAGGUAAUAAGUCUUCUUUUUUUUAAAUAACGAAAUUCUCUUGCUUAAACAAGCGUAUCUGUGUUUGCCUUUUUUUAAUGUGAAACUUCAGGCUAAUUGCUUCUUGGAAUUUUGACUGUGUUUCCUCAAUUUCUUGCGAAUAGUCCUUUUGUUAAAUUAUUUAUCUGAGAAUUAGAAAAAACAUACCUCUCAAAAAAAUAGAAAAAAGAAAAAGAAAGGACUAAAAAUAAGCUAACAUUUCUCUUAAUUAAAAUUAAAAAUCAAAGAGUAAGCAUCUUAGCAGAAUAACAAGAUUUCUGUCUCUUUACGUCUCAGCGAGGAGUAGUAAAUUGUUUGACUUUGUAACGGGCAACGAACGAAAUAAUUUUGGUUAAAAAGAACAUUAAAUUUAAGGUGGGAUAAAAAAUGGUGCCGGUUAAAUCGUCCGUAAUAACAAUUUGUAACCACUUGAAAAGAGCAAUUAGGUUCUAUCAAAAUUAAUCGCGGGUUUUCCAGAUUAAACGAAACGAAUGAAACGUUUAGCUCUUGCUAAAACUCCUAAGUGUGAUUACAGAGAUCGGAUAAUUAACUCUGCGUGACUGUGUAAAUCACAAAACCAGAAAUUUAACUUGCACUUAUAUCUUUAUUUGGACGACCAUCAGUAGAAAAGGGUUAAAUAAGUUGCAUGAUCGCUGACAACCAAUUUUUGUUCGAAGAGUAACGUCAUUAGUAAGUGUUAAUCCGAGCAUAGUCCCCGUGCCCAGUGCUUUUACUUAACUUUUAACUAGUGUCAUACAAAUCUGUCUUAUUAUCAUUAGAAUCUUACUACCUUUAAAAUUUCGUUCGCGUUAAUUUUAACGUAAUUUUAGACCAGUUUGCACAUCGUGAUGUAAAGAUGAUGUUUUUCAUUUUUGUCCAUUUAAAAAGUAGGUUGUUAAUUAAUUAGCAAUCCAUUAGUGGAUGAUGCCAAUAUUAUUACUCCCUUUUUAAGAGGUUUCAAACAAUGGUAAUCUUGUAAUAUUACAAGAGAUGUAUCGAAAAUGUACCUACGAACUGCGUGAAAAAUUUAAAUCACUCAAAACAGGGAUCUGAAGUCUCAAUAGUUUGCUCAGACGGCCUCCGAAAAAAUACCAAAAGCUUCCCUUGACGUUACGUCGUGACGAACCAUAACUUUCACAUUCAUCCAAUAUAGACUUAUAAAUAGCAAAUCCAAAUCGGUUGCCAUCGCUUGUUUUAGUUAAUUAAAGAAGCGAUAUUGGACUUAAAUAAGGAACAAAGACUCACUUACUAGACUUUGAAAAACCAUAAACCUUGCUAUGAGCGAGUGACGUAAGACAGGUGUGCUUUUUUUAAUCUCCAGUCAUUGAUGUUUUGUUUUUAUGAUUAUUAUUUCUUCGCUUCCCUAGACACCGUGAUAUCUCAUUGUUGACUUAGUCUUACAAGACAAGGUUUCCCUUCACGAUUCUUUAUUUCAAAUCACAAAAUUCCACUCAGUUACAAAUAAAAGAUUUUUUAAAGUUGGUACCGCCCUCACUGAUUAAACUACUUCAAAAUUACCUUAAACACCGUUAUAACAAAUUAUUCUUAUUAAAACUUACAUAUUUGAAUAUUCUAAUUUGCCUGUACGAUAAGUACUUUCAGAAAAUUCAUUACUGAUUAUGAAAGAAAUUGUGAACUGGUCAGGACACGUUCAAACGAGAAGUUAUGAACAGUUUUUUGCUGAGAUUUAAAGGUUAUAAAAAAAGGAAGAAAGAAAUAGAAAGGUUUGAUAUCAAAAAUUCGGAAAAAGGCGCAAUUAUAUCGAGGUUUCACUGUACUAAAGAACGGCUUAAACUUUUGAUUUUAAUUGAGAGAAACGUCAACUUAACGGGCCUAGUUAAGUUUAUCAUGAGCUAGAAAUGAUUUGGUUACUAUCUGUAUUGCAAUGGUCCCUGUUCACGUGGAUUAUGAGAAAAUGGAAGCCACCAAACAUUAUUUUCCCACGUUUACCUAUGCUGUAACUCACUGAAUUGAAUUUGAUCAUCAUUAUAGUUAUCGUUAGGUGCCAAAGAGCAAAGAUUUUUAUUUUAGCUACUACGCGCGCUGUUCAAUUUGUUUAGAAAUGUCAUGAAUUACGGUAAUUCACGAAAAACAGUUUGACCUCAAUUCCAUUGCAUAAGCGAAAAUUACCUUAAAAGUAGUGAACUAAACUGUUCUACUGCAUAAAGAACUUAAAAUCCCGACUUGACAUAAUUCACGAAAAAUAGUUUGACCUCAAUUCCAUUGCAUAAGCGAAAACAACCUUGAAAGUAGUGAACUAACCUGUUCUUCUGCAUAAAGAACUUGAAAUCCCUACUUUACAUAGCCUGUUUUUUGUACAUAUAUAAGUUCGUGUUUUUGUCCGAAGUUGCGCACAGGUCAUUUUGCGUAAAAUUAGGUCGUGUUAUAAGGGACGGACCAUCAAAAAAGGUAUUGGGGGCUAGGGGGGUGGGAAAUUUUCGAGCCGCAGGAAGUUUUUUCGUUAUCAAAUUCCUUGUAUGAAUUUUUUUUAGGCCGUACCAUGAAUAUUUUUGGGAGUUAAUUGGCAUGCAUGAAUUUUUUUCAUUUAAUUUUCCCUUCCGCAAACAUUUUUUUUGUACUUCGCCCGCCCCCCAUAAGUUUUCUAAUUGUCCGUCCCUAAGCGAACUUAGAAUCCUCGAGAAAUCAUAAAUCCGCGAGGCUUCUCGUUGGUAACUACUGCAAAAUCGACGGCAUAAUGAAAAAGAAAUAAAAGUUUUAUGCUUUUAAGGGACUAUAUAUUUCUCAUGAAUAACUUACAUACCUAUAUAUAUAUAUAACUAUAUAACUUACAUACCUAUAUAUUUAUAUAACUAUAUAACUUACAUACCUAUAUAUUUUGUUUUUUUCUGUUAUUAUUAUUAACAAAACCCUUUUUUUUCACUUUUUUUUUUCACUAAGAGACUUUUUCUAGUGCCUUCUCUCUUUACGAGAAUCCCCGGAUAUCAUAUUUGACUGCUGGCUUUCGACUUAGAAACCACUGUUGGGCGUUUUAAAGUGAAGGAUGUAUUCAAAGAAGUUUUAUUCCUUCGAUCCUCGAAACUCGAGAACUGAACAACAUGGUAAUCCUCACUCCACCCGUGGCUCAAGCCAAGCUACAUUCACAAAAAGCCCGUACGAACCUGUUGAAGGUAAAAUUGAUAGAGAGAACCACAUUAUGAAGGAAGAUACAAGGAGUAUAUCGGAGAAUGUUACAAAGUCGGUUGUCACUAGAAAUGUCAUCGACAGGAGGUCAAGUUCGUCCUAUACAACACGAGAAGACAUCAAAGCAAUUAAGACACGAGGUUUGAAAGGUAUCAGAAAUACAUUCAAAGGUUCCUCAAAGGUUGAUUCAACAGGAGCUCGUGAUGCUCAUGAAAAUUCAAAGGACAGUCCUAUCAGCUCGUUUUACUCUUCUUACUCAAGGGAUGAAGACCUCAGCAAAGCUGCAGCUGCCAAUACACCAGCCGUGGAUGGCGAAAACGUUAUAUCUUCUUUCUAUCGAUCCGAUGGUGGCAAACAAUCACCUGACCACCAAAAACGAUCAGGGGAAAAAGACAGAGUUUCGGCAGGUGCCUCUAAAUACACAGAAUGGACAUCUGAACUGGAACUGAAAGAGAGAGAAGACAGUUCGGUUUCUGGUAAGGAAGAUUGGUCUGGUCCUCUCAGCCGUAGACGUUCUUUGGAGAGGCACCGCAGUAAAGGCGAUGAACCUUGUGACAGUGACUAUGAAGAUUUCCAAACGAUCGGUCUGGAGGAUGUAAAUAUUUUGAGAAGGGCUCUAGAAAGAAAGCAAGCUUCUAACUCCUUUGAAAGGGAAAAACUGUCAAAAAGAAUCUCCGAAGAUGAGCGCAGUGAUCCCUCAAAAUAUACCUCAAGUGCAUAUUUACUUCUAUCCAACAAAUGGAAAGACAAAGACUCAGCGUCAUCAGCUCUAACUGAGGAUAGUUCCAACACCAGAUACAAUGAUGAUGCUGUACAAUUAUCAAGGAAACCAGCAAGACGUUCUUUAUCAUCAGAAGCCCUUGACAACAAGGCAAGGGGCCGACUGGGAAUCUACCGAGAAUUGCCAGGACGAAAGGAGUUUCUUUCUUACACUGCAAGGAAAAGAUUCCACGAAGACGACGAAGUGCUGCAAAAAAGAAGGGGCAGUAGAUCUUCAGAUAGAGAUGAGCGCAGGAUGCAAGAUUAUAUGGACGGAAGGGAAGCUGAAAAACGUGAUUUGCUUUUCAGGGUACGAAGCAAGUCCUCGGGCCAUCUGAGCUCUUUCGAUAAUGAAGUUGAUGGUGCCAAAAACCACAAUCGAUCACGAUCUCAUUCUCUUCAUCGCCGUAGAAGCACUGAACGUGAUCGAUUUCGUACAGGUGACGUAGAAAGCGCAAUUGGUUUUAGUUCAUCAAAUGCGCGGGCAUAUAUGCCAAGGAAAGAGUCAGCAACCCAUGAGAAGCUGAAACAGGAUAUCGCAAGGCUAAAAGCAGAAACAGAGUCUCGUCCUAUGAAGAAGGAUGGCACAUUUACACCAAAAUCGCAUAGUAGGGAGCCCUCAGUUAAGGAAAAACUUAAAGAAGACAUCGCAAAACUCAAAACAGAAACUCUGACACGAGAGCAUAUCAAGCCUUACAUUCCACCACCCUCCUCAAGAGUAGAGUCCAAGGAUGUUUCAUCAAGGUGGAAAAGUCGUGAGCCUUCAAUCCAAGACAAGUUAAAGGAUGACAUCGCCAAGCUAAGAGCUAAAACAAGAGAUUUCCCGUCUUCCUCCAGAAGAGCUUCAGAUACUUUGGCACAUCGUUGGCAUAAGAAUGAUGAGGAGAGAAACGUUCAUCGCAGUGAACUAAGACAUUUUCAGUUGUCGAAAAAAGAUGGGAAAAUGUUUAAGGACGAGUCGGAACGUAACGAAACGCAGCGAUACAACGAUCCCAUGGACCGUAAAUACGGUUACAGUACUCACGUAGAUAGUGACUUAAGUACUACCGACGGGUCAUAUAGACCCGAUGGGCGCACCGAAGCUGAGAGAAACCCUAAAGAUGGUUCUUCUCCCAAUUCUUUAGAUAAGCACUACGGAGCAACCAACGAUGACAAUGUCUCUUCCUUGCGGAGUUUUAGUGAAAAGAGUCCAACAGGGUAUUUUCCAAGAGCAGCGGAUUAUGACUGGCCACCAAGAGAAGAGAGAAGUCUUAACCAGAGAGGAGUGUCUUGGAUCUCCCCUAGAAACUCGUGGGGUGAAGCGACGCAAGGUGACAAGGAAACAAGAUCUGGAACCACUCAAGGAUUUGCAACAAAGCGUGUUUUUAAGGCUGAUUCAACUGUAUCCAUGAAGUCCACAAAGAAUGGUGAUGGUCCGAGCUCUGUCACAGGAUUUUUCCAUGGUAGUGUUGCCGAAGAAGAUCAAUCUGCUUUUUACUCUAAGGGGAUAGGAGAUGAAGAUGUUGGUGACUUCAGAGAGCCAUUUAAGCGACGUGAAACUUUCAGACCAACAGAAGUUUUUGGAACAACAGAGCCUCGAGCGUCAGGUUCUUCGAUACCGCCAGAGCCAACUAGGGAAUAUAAGCCCUCUGCACUGUAUCUUCCCCUAGCAGAACAGCCAGAAGGUACCAGAAAAACUGAAUCCAUCAGACUUGACAGUCCACCAAAAAGAACAGUGCGACCAGGAGAAGCCAUACCUUUGCCUCCUCCAGAUCACGAUUCUGUUUCUAGAAAACGAGAAGAUUUCAAUUUACCUUUAACGAAGUGUAGUGAUUUUAGUACCCGGAAAGAGGUAGAGAACGAAGAGGUAGAUGUACUCUCUGAUCACCGUCAGACAAGUCGCGAAUUUGUGACGAGAAAAAUAUUGAAUAAAGAUUCCAUAAUUUCUCCCGAAGGUGGUGCAGUUGACAGCGACCCAGCCAUUUCUAGGUUGGAAACCCUAAGACGAUUGACUGGCAAAAAUGUCUCGCCUAGACGCACAAGCAUAAGGAAAGAAAUUUUAACCCACGAGGACCGCAAGAUUCCUUCUCGAGAGGAGGUCGUCGAAAUAAUAGAAGUGUACAAGGAAAGCAAACCGUCAGCCAUGGUCGCACUUAGGAAGAAAAUUGAGGAACUCAAAAAGAAGGUUGAUAAACUGGAUGACUCAAAAUCUCGAAGCAAGCUGGAAAAGUAUGUUCAUCAACACUCCGAAAAGAAGCCGGGUGUUGAAGUCAAGGACCCAGUCCAUAUUCCUAGAUAUCAGCCUCGAUCUGCACGCUUACCAGAGAGAGAUUAUAAACCUGAUCCUACAGAAGCAUAUUCCACCGGUGCUGUAAGUAUGAAUGAUAACAGUCUCUAGAGGCGAGAUACUAAAAGAAGACUUUCCUACCUCAAAAUAUCUACGUAGAAUUCUCAUUGCCCUAACGGCUUCUAUACGAACAUAGUCUUUGAUAAAGAAAUGUGUCCGGUAAAAAAUGCUUUGUGACAACUGUUUUAACAAACUCUGAUCGUGAUCCUCUCACUGAAUGCCAUUCAAUGAAACAUAGGAUAAUCUACAGAAGCCAUUUUUAUCCAAAAGAAGCCAUUUUUUUUAUCAAGAGUGAGUCCCUUUAUAACAGCAAACUGUGAAAGGUAGUGAUAUACUGACAUUAGAGGUCAUCCUCUCUGUACCCUUAUCCUAGAAUAUACAGCCGUAAGUGACUUUUGUAAUGUUAUUAAUAAAUUGUUUUUCUACAGAGCAUCGACGAUACGUCGGAAACAAUCAGUCGCCAAAUCAGUAGGCAAACAAGCGUGGCAAGUACCAUGCAACGAAUGACUAGCAUACAUGAGGAGGAUUUAACAACCAUGAGUAUCCCAGAUGUAGCUAGCAGAGAAGAUGAUGGUCAAACGGAGGAAAAGCCUGCAUUGCGUGACGCAGAGACAAUGACUGCUCCAGACAUUCAAGAGCAAGUUGGGCUGGACAAAAUCCGACGACUGGGUUCCUCUACUACAGAUAUUGCUGAGGAGCCCGACCAGAUUGACGAAUUAAGAGGCGUUCCUUUUGAUCACAGUGCGUCAUUACCUGAUAUUCCACAGGUACCAAACCAUUUUGUUCAAAAGAUAAAUAAAUAAAAAUAAAGAAAUAAUAAUUAAGUAAAUAAAGGCCGCAUUUUGCGUUCCCUUAUUGUGCAUUAGGUGUCCCAGGAAAUAAAAAAAAUCGUCUGCAGAUUCGUUAUUGUUGUAAGUUGUAGAAUGCCAAUUGGUCUGUAGAGAUUCGAACGCCUGUAGAAAUUCCAUACUGAUGACGUGUCGCUACCCAACAAUUGGGCCCAGACUUGCUAAUGAAAUACCUCUAACUGCUGAAAAUAAUUCAAGUUAUAUCAAUAAUAUAAAGGUAAAUAACAACAAUUUCAGCUUCUCCUCGACUAACUGCAGCAUUGUUUUCUCACAUCUAAACAAAUUAUGUAGAUCUAAAGCAACUGGUCUUGAUAAUAUUUCUGCUAAAAUUGUACGUGAAUGUGCUGAUCUUAUUUCAGUUUCACUAUGUGAUCUCUUUAAUAAAUCUUUAGUCUCUGGUAUAUUUCCUGAUGAUUGGAAAUGUGCUAGAGUUACUCCGUUGUUCAAGGAAGGUGAGCCAUCUGAUCUGAAUAAUUAUCGACCUAUUUCAGUCAUUUCCGUUAUAGCUAAAGUGUUUGAAAGGAUUGUUUAUGAUCAGUUGUAUAACUUUUUGACCAAUGAAGAUAUCAUUUCUAAUCAUCAAUCGGGUUUUCGCUCGUUACACUCAACUGCAACUGCCCUUCUGGAAGCUACGGAUAAUUGGGCCUUUAAUAUUGAUCGUGGCAAUGUUAAUGCUGUGGUUUUCCUCGAUUUAAAAAGGCUUUCGACACCGUUGACCACGAUAUCCUUCUAGCUAAAAUGAACCUUUACGGAAUACAAGGUACAGCUCUUGAUUGGUUUAGGUCGUAUUUAACUAAUCGUACACAACGAUGUCUUGUUAACGGUUCUCUUUCUAGAAUCUGCUCUCUUAAAUGUGGGGUACCGCAAGGAACAAUCUUUGGCCCCUUUUAUUUCUUAUUUAUAUUAAUGACUUGCCAAACUGCCUUACUUCGUGCCAGCCUAGAAUGUAUGCCGAUGACACCCACAUUACUUAUGCUGGCGUUGAUGUGAAUUCAAUACAGUUAACUCUGAGUCACGAUUUAGAUAACCUAAACAAAUGGCUUAUUUCCAAUAAACUUACUUUGAACACUUCUAAAACUGAAUUCAUGCUAAUUGGCUCCAGACAAAAAUUGAGUACUUUGUCGAACCCACUUGAGCUCUCGAUUAAUAAUGUUCCGAUAGAACACGUUUCCUCUGUCAAAUCGCUUGGAAUAUUUAUUGAUGAAAAUCUACGGUGGCAAACACACAUUGAUAAAUUAUCUAAAAAGGUCGCUUCCGGAAUUGGAGCAAUAAAAAGAAUUAGACCUUUUUGUCCCUCCACCUACCCUUCACUAUAUAUACAACUCACUAAUUCAAUCUCAUUUCGAUUAUUGCAAUCUUGUCUGGGGUAAUUGUGGUAAAACAUUAUUUGACAGGCUACAGAAGCUUCAGAACCGUGCCGCUCGCGUUUUAACCUUCUCUAGCUAUGAUGCUGAUGCUAACCGUUUGAUUAGACAACUCGAUUGGAAAGACUUGAGCACUCAAUUUCAAAUACAGAAAUCCAUAAUGGUAUACAAGUCUUUAAAUGGCCUUGUUCCUGAAUAUUUAUCAUCUAAGUUUGUUAAACGAAAUGAAACGCGUUACUCCCUGAGGGACUCUGUUAACAAACUAUUUGUCCCAUUUCCACGAACUAAUUUCAUGAAAAACAGCUUUACUUAUAGCGGAGCAGUUCUCUGGAACAGCCUACCCUGUCAUAUGAGAGAAGCCGAAUCUCUUAGUCAAUUUAAAAGAUUAGUUAAUGUUCAUUUUUAAUGUUAUACACGGCAUUCAUGAAAAACAGGUUUUAGUUAGAUUAGUUGUAGUCAGGUUUUGAAUUUUGUUUAGGAUAGUUAGGUUAUUUUUAAUUUUUUAAAUUCCUGAUGGAUUUUACCGUGUUUAAAUAAAGAUUGACUUGACUUGACUUGACUUGGGUAGUGCUUCUGAUUGAUCAUACCGCGAGGUAUAUUUGCUUCAACUGAUCAGAAGCACUACCCAGAUCUGGUUAGUGACACGUCAUCAGUAUAGAAUUUCUGUUGGUUUUCCUCAGACGUCACUUCGCGGGGAAACAAGAGGGGGUGGGGGGAGGUUGCGAAAUUUUGGCUGUUUUCUCAGGCUAUAAAUAUAAAUUCUUAUAGCUUCUAGUAAUUCGAGUGAUACAUACAGAGGAACCCCACCUUACGGUCACCUCGGUAACACGGUCACCUCGUUAUUACAGCCACUGUUUUCUUCAUAUAAUAAAACUACUAACUUGUACAGGUUGAGGAUGGAAGCGAUACGACGAACAUUGGCACAGCUAUAAUCCACAUAGAUUCACAGCAGCAGCCCUUAUCACCCGAGGUGGAUAAACAGACGUGGUGGGAUGCUUUCACAGCCGAGGACGUCGAUCGGUUACUUCAGAUUGAGAGCCGAAACAAUUUCAACGGUUACACUAGCGCUUAUACUGCGGAGGAUAUGGAUAAAUUGCUACAUUUAGGACCAGUGAGAAGGCGGAGCUUCCGUCGAGGAUCUUAUGACAGAAGGUUGUAAUAGUUGGUUGAUACUUUUUGAAAGCUUCGCGCAGUCGCGCUGUCGCGUUCACAAUUUCUUAGAUUCAAGAUUUUCAAUCCUUUUGGGUUUGGGGUUUUAGAUGCAUGUUAUUUUGUCCACGGAGGAAGAGAAAAAAAUCAUCGCACAGAAGUAGCGAAUUUUUGAAUAGACAACUUGAUUGAAAUCCCUUGCAGCUGUACCAUUGUAACUUGUACUUAACUUUUAAUAGUGGAUUGUAAUCCAAUAUUUACCUUCACACGUCGCUCUCCGUACAAAGUUUGCUGUUUGCUGUCGUUGUUUGUGUUGUUGUUUCUGUGUUUGACUUCCAAAGAAGAUUCCAGGGUAUGUUGCAGUGGUUAAUAAAUAUUUACCCUUGAAAGUAUGUUAUAGGCGUUAGCGGGCAAUCCAGAAAUCUUAUUACGUUGUUCUUUUCUUUUCUUUUUUUUGUUAUAUCACAGUUCGCUCAGACGACACUCUCGUCGAUCUAAAGAUGAUAUCGUGGACGUCCAUGUGAGAGUUCGCGCAAAGCAAGAAAAACGAAGACGUCCCCGGUACAUCAUUGCACAAGCUGCUCCAGAAGAAAAGGCCAUAGUGCUACGAGACACAAAGGAGAAUGCUGAUCCACAUAUAAGGAAGAUAAAGGUCGACGACGUUUAUGGUGCUGAUGCUGUCAGGGUCGAAAAUGGCGUGGUGAAAAUCAAAGUUGGGGAUUUAACUACUCGUGGAAGGUGAGGAUAAAUCUUUCCGUCGCAAAGGUUUCAUAAAGUGAACAUGGUGUGUUUUAAUAUAAAACGGUUUGAAAUUUAAAGACAUCAGAGCCAUUCGACUUAUAUUCAACUUUGCACUGUUUUGUCGAAACUGUAAUAUUGUAUUUUCCUUUUUUGCAGGAAAGCUUGGGCAAGGAUUCUGCAAAAGAAAGAUCGAAUAGUGGAGGUAAGUGUGCUCAGUAUUGGCCUAAAUUUUCAAAAUUCUUGUUAACUAUACUGUCAAUUCAUUUAUCUGAUAUAACAAACACUCUAGCUCAUUAUUACUCAGUAGCAAUAAACGAAGUACCUUUACUCUGGCGUCUCGUCGCACAGCGUGGGUAAAUCCGGUCAUGAUCUCUCAGCGUACCUUUUCCUAAAAGAAAGUCAUAGAAAGGUGACUGAUCUUCUUGUUGGUUUAAUUUGAGCAAAGAAUCUAACAUAGAACAAACGCCAUUGAGUCGUAGUCAAUAAUUACCGGCACCUUACAAACGACUUAUUGACGAACUCAAGCAGGACUAAUAACGAUAGAAUGAUUGAAAGACCGUUAUAAUUAUGAAAAAGUGACGAAAGACGGAUCAAAACGCACCAAUCAUGUUUAGCGUUUUCAUAGCUUAACAUCACGGCUGGAGUGACCGAUGACCAAUAACAUCGCGACUAAAUUCGCUGGCGUGAUCUACAGAGAUAACUACCGCACGGGUUGUCGAUAUGUCAGUAACUGUCAACAACAGUCCUAUUCAGGAGUACAUUCACAUAGACGGUCAUUUGUUCCUCCUACUUAUGAACGAACCAAGCGUUGGCUAUCCAAUAAAUAUUUCUUAUUUUUUAGUCGGAUGGUACGGUAACUAUUCCAAUCAACCGCGAUGAAUACGAAGACGGCGUCUACUACACAAACUAUUACGAAGAACAGGACCAAGAUGGCGUUGUGCGAGUACCCAUCAGAUUCAAGAUCCAAGAAGACAACAGGUACAACACUAAGGCGCUUCACGUCACCAAAGAGAUAAAAAGGCAUGGCAGUAUGAAGCGGGGAAGAAGGGCUGCGGGGAGUAGAGCUUACAUUGUGGGCGCACGGUAUUACCAUGGUAACAAGCUGAUGUCCACUGUCCUUGGGUAUGGGUCACGUGGACAACAACAGCGCACAGUUUUGAGAGCGCUACAAGGCAGCUCAAAGGUUAGUUUGCAGUUAUCUAUGAGCUGUAUUCACAUUACAGUAAAAUGCCAAGUCGUUCCCAAAAUGUAUGGUCGUGCUUGAGUCGUUAAAAAAAUUGAGGUAGACCUAACCACUCCUAAGCGACUACCCAACCGAUUUUCGCCACAUUAAAAACAUAACAACUUCAAACUUUUAGGUAAGACUGGACCUAUUUUCUUCUUGUUUUAUUUACAUUUUUAAGGUUGCUGGAAAUGAAAUUGUUGUUAGACGCAAUCAGCCCUACACUGUCCCAAUGCACACAAUCCAGAGAAUGCACGAAGGGUACAGAACUACCAGGCAGGCUUCUUCUUAUCAGGACGAAGGAGGUAACAUAGUCAUAACAGUAAACGCCGUGCCCGCUCGACCACCAAGGCUAAGCUUGCAAAAACCUGGAAAGGCCUUGUUCCAGUCUUCUGGAAUGCUUACAUCAAAUUCCGAUCACGGCAUUGCCAGAGCUCCACAGGGUGCCCUAGCUAUGACACCGAAUUUUGGCGUAAGUACACUUUCUAGAGGAACAACCAAUCCCGAUGGGUACACUGUGCACACUAUCUCAGGUGGAGAGGGCACUUCAUAUAUCGUCACUGAUCCCUCCAAUUCAUACCGACGCAGGUCCUCUGGGCCAACUGACACCAGUCGCUUUCACGCGACCACUAAAUUGUCCAGCACUCCUAUAAUUGUUCCUUAUGAAGGUGAUGUUCAACCAAGUAGCAGUACAGGGAGGCGCAUCGACAUUGUAGCCGAUCCGUCAAGUUUUAUCCCUGAACGUAGCUCCAGGAAAUCUGUUUCAGAUGGACGGUUAAAUGCCCGCACGGCUUAUGGCGAGAGGUUUAAUCUAAAGGAUUAUGGGAACGUUACCAGAGUACAAUACGUUAAUGGGGCACGCAGAGGAAGCAAUAUCAUAAAUGACAGGUCAGUUGCGAAAUGUUAGUAGGUCUGAAGUCUAUGUUAUUUCUGAUAGCAAUACGACGGUGACGGCAACGAGAACGGAGAAGCAAUGGGUUUGAAAAAGCAAAACAGAGACUUCACGCAUUUUGGUUUUGGUACAUUUCUUUCCCGUCACUGCACAACUACGACGUCAAGUGCCUAAUUUCACUUUUUGUGGAGGACGCGCGUGAACACAAGACAACAAGUUUCUUUUUCUUUUUCUCAACCUCCAUACAGUCCUUUCGAAUUCAACUCCAGAAAAAAUAAAUGCAUUUAAUAAAUUUAACGAGAUAGAAUAAGCGCGAAUUCAUUUUUCAAAGGUAACGUUUUCGUCGCCGUCGUCUUCGUUGUUGCUUAAGCUCUCUGUUGACGAUUUACACGUAUGUAAAAAGCACGAUUUAAAAGUUCAUGGUUGCAGUUGCCCAGGCGGCUCACGCAUUCGGUUAGAUUAUACUGGAUAAAGAUUACUUCGAACAUAUAUCCAUAAGUGGAAUUUGGGCGGCCAGUAUGAAUUUUGCUGUCAGCUGGAGCGAGGUCUGGAAUAGAGAAAUCUUCGGAGCCGCUCGCAUGACUUUAUACUGCUCGGCAAGCGAUCGCAUUGUCCGAGAGUUUUCCGACUGUCCCAAACUGGUUGCAAGACCCCAAAUAUUUCUCGGCUCCAGGCUUCGCUCCAGCUAACCGCAAAAUUCGAAUAGUCCGCCAAAGAAAUCAAAGUCCGUACAUCGACAAAGUAAGUAAUCUUUUUAUAUAUUAAUCUCAUCCUGAAUGCGAGAGCCCCCUUUGAUGUGGCACGAUGAUCAUCGUGUUCAUGUUGAUUACUUUUUUUUUGUUUUUGCAGGCGAUGGGGUAACAGACGAUACAAGUAUGGUCCACCUUCAAACUAUAAGCAACAGGUGAGUGUUUUGAUGAAAACGUCUUUUAAAAUUUUUCGAAGAUGAACUGGUUUUACUCGAGAAUUUCAUUUAUGUUACGUGGACUGCACAAUCCGUUUUGUUUCACUAGGCUAGCUUUUAGAUCAACAAAGGGUCAAAAUGGUUUCAAAGUUCAAGAUCUUUUGGCCCCAGAUGUUGAAACGGUGGAUGAUGUACCAAUUCAAUUCCAAAACUGCCCAUGCCUCCCCGGGCAAAUUCCCCAGUAUGUUGUCAGUUUAGGGCCUGUUUACAUGGAAGUGGGGGGCCUCAGGUAGGUGAGGUAACCCGCUUAGGUGGAGUACAACGCCUAAUUAUAAAUUCUCUUGUUUUAAUUUGAUCAGGUUUACAUGAUUUGUGGGGUGACCGUACAAGAGAUUAUAUGGACAGGCGGGUUACCUCACCUAAGAGGGUUACUUUACCUACCUGGGUUCCCCCACCACCCUGUAAACAGACCCUUAGAUGGUCAAUUGCCCCAAUGGCUAGCGCUUCAAAGAGCGUCAAAUGGCCCACCCAGCAGAGACUAUUCAAACAUUUCCUCACGCCUCAAACCGUUUAUUCAAAUAUUAACGCGACCGAAAUAUGCUUAUGACCGUAGUUUUACCCACCAUCAAAAUACUGUUUUAUUUUUCUUUAACGUUAGCAACAAGUCAAAACUGUGCAGAGUGUCAUAUUAAAUAUAUAUCUCUCUUUUAACUUCAGGAACGGUUGAAUGGCCGGACAAUGUCUUGGACAGUUGAAGAAGGUGCUCCAGAUUUUUGAGAAAAAAAAUACAAGAUCACGUUGCUUUUUUAGGUAUCGAUUUUCGUUUUCGUCCUUGGCUGUUUCGUCCUCCAUUUGUGGACAAAUUAUAAUAUUGUAGCUUUUGUAUCUCCUUAUAACCGUUUAAGCCUUUGCUUCAGACUGCAUGUGCUAGUAAAAGAUGGGAUGGGGUGGGAUGAUGGAGGAGAUGGAGAGGAAGCUCUAUGAUCAUUGAGAAAAGAUCUAAUAAUAGACCUCUUCCCGGUUGUAACGGCAGAUGGGUAAUCAGGACAAGAUGGUGG